UUCCAGUGUUCAUUCUUCUCUUAUCUAAUCUCCAAACAGUCAUUACACUGAAACGAUACGUCGACCCAGAUUUUUGUACAUACAAUUAUGCAGAAACUGAAAAUUUAGUUGACACACUGUACCGUGGUUAUUGACGUUUGCCACAAUCAGCUGGUCUAGCAACAACCCCACGCAACAAGCAACAACUUAUUGAUUAAUAUAUAUAACGAACAUACAUGGUUAACGGUGAUCUCCGAUUGGCUGUCACAUCUCGCUAUUAUAUUUAUAUAUAUUAAAUAAAAUUGCGUAUUUAUACAACAGUAUUCAUUCGAUCGGUGCAUCGGUAGUACGGCAAUUGGUGCUUCAGACCUCUUACAACACACUUUCCGACUACCCCAGUGCUAAUUCAUAAGUUUUUCAAAUUUCACGUAAAUCACAGGGUGAUUUGUGCAUAGUGAAAAUCAACGCGACCACGCCCAUCUACUACAUCUUUAGUGUGCAAUUUUUACGCAGUCAAAUUUCAAGUGCACGACCAUUUUAAAAGGUACAUUAUAUAACAAAACUGAAAGAAAUAAUGACUUCAAUCUCAGGAUUCGUCUUCGUAAAUGACAUGGAGUUGGGGCGCAAAUAUGGGACGCGCGUGAAUAAUACGACGUUAGAAAUCAAGGACGUAGACGGCACUUACACUGUGUUUUUAAAGUUGUUCCCGAAUCAGUUAAAAUCCACGUACUUGCUUGACGACUUGGAUAGCGUACAGUCUUUCGAGAAGAAAGUCGUGUUGAAAUUUUUGAAACCUAAUCAUGAAUUGCUUGUAAUGUCCGACGAUGUUGACAAAGUGAUGAAUUUUUUAAAAGAUCUGAGGUCCCUCGCCAAAAAUCUGAUAUUGAACAUCGGCGAAUCAUUUCUAGCCAAUGCUCUUAAAACCUUCGGGCAUAUUAACAACAAUCCCAACAGAAUGCAAAAUUUUAACCCAACUCACUUGAGAAUGAUCGCCCUGGAAAACUGCAAUUUACCACACUUGCCUGAAGGGAUUGGAUAUUUAACGCUUUCGAGUCUUAGCCUGAACGGUAGUAGACUUAAUAUGUCAAAAUACGGUCAAGAUUUAUUCUGGGAUUGGAUGACUAAGGAAAAUAUAAGUACUUCGUUGAAUGUGUUGGAAAUGAAUUCAAUCGGCUUGAACAAAUUGCCGUUUGAAAUCAUUCAUUUGAAACGUUUGCAAACAUUGUCAGUGUCCAAUAAUAAAUUGACUCAUGUACCUCAUUUCAUCGGUGAACUUCCACAACUCGUAACUCUAAUGAUUGAUGGUAACUCGUUAUGGUACUUUCCAGAAAUUUUAUUGAAUAAAGUCUAUCAGACUCUCAAAAUUUUCAAUAAUCGGUUUAUCUAUUUGAAGUUUAAUGAGGAACGGCGCGAAAAUGUGGAAUUUACUGGUUUACAGAAUCCGCCAAAAUUAUCGGAUUUAUCAGUUUUGUCCCUGAUUAACAACUGUAUAAAAUUCAAAAGGCAAGAAAUACCACGUCCCCUAUGGAACAGUUAUGAUUUUGUAUGCCGCUGUAGACUUUGUAAGAAGCUAUUUGUAUUCGAUGAAAAAUAUCAAAAAUUCACUUUUUCUAUUCCAAAAACAGAACAAAUGGUGCGUAUUGAAAGCAUACAUUGGCAAUUUUUCGAGUGUCCUUCAUGUGUGCGUUUAGUAAAUAUUAAUGCCUAAUUAAUAUUUUUUAUAAAUCAAGUAGUUCUUAUUAUAGAUUUCAAAACUCAGCUUGCAUGCCUUAGCUGUUAGUGGCCGCCCGUGUUGGCCUCCAGCAGAUAAAACACGGCCUGCCAAUUCCCCCAUCCAUAGUAAAUACUUACCUAGGUACUAUCGAAUUUAAAUUACAAAUUUUCAAAUAACACUACUGGAUUCAAAACAUUUUACAAAAUAAAAGGAAAUAUUAUAAUAAUUGUUUAAUAUAAUGGAUGUUAUAAAGAACAACUUGUUAUGUAGUCUGUUAAUACAGGUGGAAAACAUAAUUUCGAAUGAUAUAUUAUUAUGUUCUAAUCAGUUAUAUUUCUGAAAAAUAACAAAUACAAUAAAAACUUAAGUUUACUAUGGAUAAGUAAUAUUGAAGUGGCCAGUAGGUAGUUAAAUAUGUUCCAAACAUAAAUUAAAAUAGGUACCUCUCAAUAUUGUUAUAAUAUGAGAUUGAUUCAACAAAAGAAUAUUAUUACGCCAUUUUUGCUUCUUAGUUUGACGUCAUAAACGUUUCAAUUUUUGAUUCCAUUUGGACGUGUAGUUUUUGGCCUAUACCUAUCAUUUAUCGAUUUUGAAGUUCAUCUAACGAGAAGAUCCUCCACACUUAUAGGUUUACCUAUAGGUCCUUUAUUUUUUUUUUUAGUUUCUCUUUGUUAUUUACGUAAACUAGUUAUGUAAUAAAAAAAAUGUAUCUAGCACAAUAAACAUUUGAAAAUUAGAUCUGCUUGUUGCACAUAAUAUCACAAUAAUUUCCUAUACAAAUGUAUCUGACAAAAUUAGAUUUCUCUUUUAGAAUUUAAAAUCAAAUUGUGGAUUGAAUAAUGAAUACGCUCUAAAAUAUAAUAUUGGUUAUACUGUGGGGCUGGUGGUGUUUUUGGUAUACCACUAUCCACUACCUGCCGUCAUUUAAAAAAUACCAGUAUCCAGUAUUUUUGGUAUUUUAGAAUACCGGUAUUCCGUGAUUCGGUAACUACCGUUGUUACCAAAAAUACCAUGCCACGGUAAUUACCGAAAUUAAAUAAAAUUAAUUAAUUGCAUUCAAUAUCUCAACAUUUGUAUAAUCAUAAUAAUUACAAACAUAAUUUAUAAAAUAGAUGUGCAUGCGUUUAGUAAGUAUAUUAUGCUGUCUUGUUAUAUUUUAAAACAUUUUUUAAUAAUAUUAUUGCUCAUAUAAUUCACAUGCAUAGAUUGAAAUCUUUGAGUGCCGAACCCUACUCGUAAGAUUAAGCAUAUCUAAACAAAUUUAUCGUAACGAAAUAGUAUAAUAUAUUAUAACUCAAUUUUAAUUUAGUCUAAUGAGUAUGUAAUCAACUACUAUUCAACUAUAGUACAAUACUAACCUUAGUCGGAAUUUAACGUUCAAGUCUGUUUGAGAUUUACCCAAAUUGGUGUUGCAUCUACGACAGUUUGUUAUGUGUUUAUUAAUAGGUACUUGCAUUAUUCCAAAUAAAAUAUUAUUAUAUUUAAGUAAAGUAAUAAUAAAUUGAGACAUUUAUUAGAACAAGGCAUAAAAUCACUGAGUUAACCCUAACCGUUGAUAUAUAAAACAACUAGAUAGCCGACUUUAUGAGUAUAUUGAAGUAGGGCAGCCAUAUUAUGUUAAGAGGGGGAAAUACGACUGAUUAAUCCAUGACAUUUAUGAUUAUGUCAUUGAAUAUAUUAUUAUAUAAUAUUGUUUUAUGGUAAAAACCAUUGACCUAUUAUUAUAUUAUAAGAUGAUUCUGUGAUUUGUAAUAUUAUCAUUAAUCACUGUGACACGACUGUUUGGGUGUUAUAAUAUAAUUCAUGGAUAAAUUAAAUAUUACAUGGAUUAAACAAUUUAAUUUUGCCCUCUUGACAUGUGGCUGCCAAACUUCAUAAGUCUUAUGACUAACACGAGUCGGCUAUCUAGUUGUUUUAUAUAUCUAUGGAAUUAACUUAACCAAUAAUAUGUAUUAAAUGUAUUAUGAAGAUACGUAUGUAUUUCUGGAAAAUACCAUAAUAUACAAAAUAGUAUAAUAUAGGUACCUACUUAAUAAAAAUUAUAAAAUUUUAUUUAAUGUAUCUUAAUAUUUUAUUUGUAAAAGCGUUUUUUUAUUAUUUUUUUAUUUAGCUUCAGCCUAUAAGGCAUUACGUAAUUUAUUUGAUUUGUUUAAUUUAUUUAUUUUGGAUUAUAUACUUGUUAUAACUUGUUUGAUUUUAUGAAUGAACCGUAUUAUGUACUUUAUCACUAUAAUGUAUAAACUCUAAUGUCUAACGAAAACCAUAAACCACACGUAGGUAUUGAAAUGUUUAAAACUUGGAUUAUACCUAACUACCUAGGUACGUGAAUUUAAAUAAAUAAUUUUAAUUUCAUAUUUUUGAAUUUGUUUUAAAAGAUUGGAUAGUAAUUAUUAUCAUAACUCUCUAAAAAUAAAAAUAAAUCUAUUACAGUUAUACAUAAUUAAAUAUAUAUUAUAAGCUGCAUCGAUCCAUCGAUUUUUUACCAAAUUAUUUCACAAUGUACAAUUGCAGAUUAAUCUCAAGAUUCAAAUUUUAAAAACUUAUUCAAGUUUUAAAAUAUAAUUUUAAAAUGGUCCCACUUAAAGACGAAUUAAAACUAUUUUUCGAAUUACUAUCGCAUCUUUAUGAUAGUUUUUUUUUUUAAAUACCACAGGUAUAAAUUAUUACAUAUUAAUCGAAACUUAAAUCAUCAAAUUUUGUUAUUAAAUAUAAUACCUCAAAUAUACACAGUGACCGUGUCUUGUGUUUGGGUCCACUGGGCACUGACUAGAUUCGUUCUUGUGCAUUUGACGUACUUCCGAGUUCAAAGACAUCAAAUACCUACCUACUCAGGUCAAUAUAAUCAUUUUCUGUUGAUAAAAACAAACCUCAAUACAUAUUAUGUUCUAUAAUAUGCAAAACGCUCAAUAUCUUAAAAAUAAUCGCUCCAAAAACCAUAUUGUAUUUUUUAAUUUGUUUUUUUAUGUUUUUAUUGUUA